UGACGCGAUGACGCAAGGGAGGUUUGCGGACGUGGCGCACUGUCCGGAGGGCGGAGACGUAGGCGGCGGCCAGCCCGGACUACCGCGAGCUGAGCCUAGGUCAUGAGCUUGCUGGGGUCUGCGGCGAUGGCGGCGGGCCCGGUAUCUGUGUCCUCGCUGCGUGUCCCCUGCUAACGGCCAGGUGAGGAUGGCGGCCCAAGAUUUGAACAUCAUGGCAGGGAGGCAUCAGAAUCACAGUUUUCCUCUCCCUGGAGUGCAGUCCAGUGGUCAAGUACAUGCUUUUGGAAAUUGUACAGACAGUGAUAUUUUGGAGGAGGAUGCGGAAGUGUAUGAGCUUCGAUCCAGAGGAAAAGAGAGAGUCCGAAGAAGUACAUCAAGAGAUAGACUUGAUGACAUUAUUUUAUUAACGAAAGACAUACAGGAAGGAGACACUUUAAAUGCAGUAGCCCUUCAGUACUGUUGCACGGUAGCAGAUAUCAAGAGAGUUAACAAUCUCAUCAGCGAUCAAGACUUUUUUGCCCUUAGAGCUAUCAAAAUUCCAGUUAAAAAGUUUAGUUCAUUGACUGAAUCACUAUAUGCUCCAAAAGGAAGACAGGCUUCACGUCCUUCAGCUGUUCAGUACGCUCCAGAACAACAGGAAAUCCUGCCAGCAAAUGACUGUCUUUCUUCCAAUGAGUCGGCUGGUAGCUUUUUAAAAGAAGUUGAUCGAGACAUAGAACAAAUAGUGAAGUGUACAGACACCAAGAAGGAGAACCUUAAUGAGGUAGUGUCUGCCUUAACUUCACAACAGAUCCGUUUUGAGCCUGAUAACAAAAACACAAAACUUAAGGAUCCCUAUUACGGAGCAGAUUGGGGAAUAGGGUGGUGGACAGCUGUAGUGAUAAUGUUGAUAGUAGGUAUAAUAACACCAGUAUUUUACUUGCUGUACUAUGAAAUUUUAGCUAAAGUGGACGUUAGUCACCAUUCAACAGUGGACUCUUCACAUUUGCAUUCAGAAAUCACACCAUCAUCCCAGUACAGGGAAAUGGAAAAUGGCAUUGCUCCCACCAGAGGAAUCCAUGUUGGCCAACAAGAUGGCCACAGACUGUACGGUGAAGAUCCUCAGCCAGCUGCUGCUCGACACAAAACAUAGCAAUUAGCUCCUCAGUGCGUUGCAUCUGGAAUGUGGUGAAUCACUCACACUCGGUAACCACUGCAAAGACAAUAUAGGGUGACUGAAGAUGCUGUUUUUGUUUUUACCUUUUGAAAACUUUGAGCAAUUACAAGUAGAUUAUAUAUAAAAUCCCUACAGUUGAUGGUUGUUCAAGUUAAGAGCACUCAGUCCUUAAGUCUGUUGUUUCAGUGCUUAAAGAAGAAAAUGAAUUUAAAUGUGUUUAGGAAGCCUUUGGAAGAUGAGUUAUUUUUCUUACUCAAAGAUUAUGUUUAAAUUUGAUAUUUUAAGUAAUUAUUUUUUAUUUAAGGUUAUUCAUGUUACAUUUCAGAAGCAGAAUAAUGAUAACGUCAGAUGUCUACAACUGAAGAAAAUUUAUUACUGUGAACCACCAGAUUAGUUGCAAAAAAAAGUUUGAUCCUAAAAUUGAUAGCAAGUACUUAACAUUCCUUUUUGAAACUUUUAUUAAAAAACAUGUAGCACCUAUGCUAGGAAACAGACAUGUUUAAUUCUGAAAGAGGCUAAGAAAUGAUUAAAAUAUUUUUAAGACCACCAAAAUAAUGUGGUACAAUUGAAAAUUUGGCACUUGAUCACUGGAACACUGGAAUAGGUUAAAGCUAAAAAUAUUUCUUGUCUUAAUGCUUUUAGAUCCUUUAACCUCACGUCUGCCUGUUUUUAAUAUUUUAAAGCACUUUGUAGUUCAUCGUUGAAGUGUUAUAGUACAGAUUAGCAUUAUUUAGAAAUAACUCCACAUACUGUGAUGUCAUUGCUGUUACGAAUAGUAACAAGCCUUAAUUACAUUUAAUGCCUUAUAAUAUGCUUUAUGUAAGUUAAUGUAUAUUCUAGAAUUGAAGUAGAAUUUCAGAUGUCCAGUUGGAUUUAUUACAUAGGCUAUGUAAAUUCCACUGUACCUUCACAUUCAAGCACAAGUAAUGGGUUCAGUACAAGUCUUUUUUUUCUUUUUUUUCUUCGGUACUGGGGAUCAAACUCGGGUCCUUGCACUUGUGAGACAGGUGGCGGAACCACUGAGCUAAAUCCCCAGCCCUAGUACAAGUCUUUAUUGUUUGCCUGUGAGGUCUGCUGCAGAAAAUGGUUCAUGAAGCAAAAACAAAGCAUUAGGAGGCAUUUUCUAUUAAUAACAAAAAUGGCUUCACUUGUGGAUCCCUUACCCUGCAUUUUUCAGAGAGAAAAUGUCCAGGUCAGACAGCUGGUGUCCAGAUGAUGGCAGGUUGGGGAACAUGGCCCAGAGGUGAAUGGUUGGGUGAGAGGGCUUGAUAGUGCCACCUUCUAAGGUCUGCCACGCCACAGCUGCCGCCUGGCUAAUAAGCAUUUGCCUAUCAAUUUCCAUCCUUCACCUUUUAAAAAGGUAUUUGUUUAUAAAAUGUAACUAAAAUGAUUCAAUAGAAGCGAGAUUUGGUGGAAUCCGGAUUGGCUGUUUUGUGUAAAAUAGUCACCGUCAGAUACAUAAUACCAACACAUUUUCCGGGCAUUGCUUCCCAAUCUUUAACGUUUCAGCUUUUUGAUGAGACAAGUCAAACAUUCUAAAGCCUUGCAUAUAUCAGAGGACUUAGGGAAGUUGCAGUGAAUUGAUUUAGGAAGUCUUUUAGCUAAAUAAUUUUAAGUUAUUUUAGUGUGCCCUGAGCAUCUUGGAAAGAGGAUUAUUUUUUUUUUUUGGUACUGGGGAUCGAACUCGGGUCCUUGCGCUUGCACAGCAGGCGGUGAAACCACUGAGCUAAAUCCCCGGCCCAGGAGGAGUGAUUUUUAAAUUUAUGUUCAGUGUUAACUUGAGCAGUUUACAUUGUUUAUUUUUGUUUUUAUUUUGGUACCAGGGGAUUGGACUCUGGACCUUCCGCUAGUGAGGCAGGUGGGCACCACUGAGCUAAAUCCCCAGCCCUUCCAUUGUCUUUAAGCCUGCUGCAAAACCCAGCUUGGAGCAGAAAAUGCAGACUAUUUCAAGACAGAACAGGCUGAUGUCCUUUGAAUGCUCUGUAAACAUCGAAUUGGUGAAAUUAGUCACUGAUUCGUUUGUUUUACAUUGAAAUUGUGACAGAGGGGUCCGGUUCAGGAUUCAAGUAAGGGUAUGCGUACUCAUUAAAACUUUUCUGUCUUGCAGAGUAUCCUUUUUGAAGGAAAUACAACAUAUAUUCUGAUGAAACACGAUUUAUUUUUUUCUGUAUAUUUCAAUUAUAUACAUUUUAAUAAUAUAAUUAGAAUUAUAUAUAAUUCUAUAUACAGGUUAUAUGGAAUUAGUUUAAUCUUUGUUUUAAAAAUAUUUAAUAGAAUCCAGAAUUUUAUCUUUUUAAAAAUACCAAUAUACAUUAAAUUUGUAGCAAAUGCAAAUUGUAUAACUAGACAACAAGCAGAAGUACUGUUUAAUAAUUGGGAAUUUGGUGUUAAAAGGCUUAUUUGAAUUCAUUUUGAGGCUUUUUACCUUUGUGUUUGUCUGCAAAUUUAAAGUGAUGGAACUGUGAAUCAUAGCACUGUGGUUCACUUAGAAAUUUGGAGUAGCAAGUGAAAAAUCUGAUAGUUUUAGGACAUUUUUAAAAAUGUCUGGGUGACAUAGUUAAGUUUUGAACUGUGAAGGUUGGCCAUUUAAAUGAAAUAUUUUGGCUGUCCACUUCUAACAUCUGCUGGUCACAUUAAGAAUUAGAAGUGUAAAGUCAUAUCCAACUGUCUUCUCCAGAGGACUUUGUGACCUUUACAGCUUUUUCCGGGACUCUACCUAUUCAUUGGCCUUAAAAGUCGUUUUCAGUGAACCACUAUGUAAUAAUUGAUUCUUCCUUCAAGGUCUACUUCUAGUUGGAAAUAUGAAGAAUACAGUUAGAAACAUGAAGCAAAGAUCCAGUCAGAGUGUUACAGGGCUAAGUUGAGGGUAUUUUUUAGUUUUUGUUCUGUGGUGCUGAGAAUUGAGCCCAGGGCCUCCUGUAUGGUAGGCAAGUGCUCUAUCCUGGAUGUGUGUCCCCAGCCCAAGGUGGAAUUCUUAAGCCUAUGCCUAAAUAUGGUGCAUUAUGACAGAAAUCAUUCUUAUUUUGAAUUACAACAAUGUUGCUCAGGAAAUCAGUAUUUUUCUUCUCAGUAUGUGCAUAUUGCACUGUUAGAUCAUGGAAAUAUUUGAAUGCUUUAUUUCAUUUUAUGUAUGCAAACUCUGUAAAUCUUGUAUAAUGUAUUUUGUACAAUUGGAAAAUGUAAUAGUAGACUAUUGUUAGCAUGUACAACUGUAAAACUUUUGAAACUUUAUGCCCUUUAUUCAUAUUUUUAAAAGAUCUGAAAAUGUAAUAAAGUUUCUAUUUUAUUAUUCAGU